AUGACGCCCAGAUCCAGGUUCACACGGCUCGAUGCCUUCACCAAGACGGUCGAUGAGGCGCGAAUCCGGACGACGAGCGGCGGUGUCAUCACAAUCAUCUCGCUGAUCGUCGUCGUCGUCCUCUCCUGGGGAGAAUGGUUGGACUAUCGUCGAAUCGAGAUACACCCUGAGCUGGUGGUAGACAAGGGCCGAGGAGAGCGCAUGGAUAUCCACCUCAACAUCACCUUCCCCAAAGUGCCCUGCGAGCUGAUCAGCCUCGACGUCAUGGAUGUUUCUGGCGAGCAGCAGCACGGCGUGGCCCACGGAGUCAACAAGGUCCGGCUCCAACCUCAAUCCCAGGGAGGCGGCAUCAUCGACGUGAAAUCUCUCGCCCUCCACGACGAGACGGCGAAGCACAUGGACCCCAACUACUGCGGCGAAUGCUACGGCGCUACGGCGCCGGCAACGGCGACAAAGGCCAACUGCUGCAACACCUGCUCCGAGGUUCGCGAGGCCUACUCGGCCGAAGGUUGGGCCUUCGGCAGGGGCGAGGGCGUCGAGCAGUGCGAGCGGGAGCAUUACGCCGAGAAGCUGGACCGCGAGAGAGCCGAGGGUUGCCGUAUCGAGGGUGGCCUGCAGGUGAACAAGGUCGUCGGCAACUUUCAUCUUGCGCCCGGCCGCAGCUUCAGCAACGGCAACAUGCACGUCCAUGACCUCAAGAACUACUGGGACGUGCCCGAAGGCCAGUCGCACGAUUUCACCCACACCAUCCACCAGCUCCGCUUCGGACCUCAGCUGCCGGAGCACGUCAAGCAGAAGUUGGGCAGCGCCAAGUCGACGCCCUGGACGAACCACCAUCUCAAUCCGCUCGACGGCGUCGUUCAGGAGACCAACGACUCCAACUUCAACUACAUGUACUUUGUCAAGAUCGUCCCGACCUCGUACCUGCCUCUCGGGUGGGACAGAGACCUGCAGCGGAUCCCCGGCAUGACCGACAGCUCCGACGACGGCAGCAUCGAGACGCACCAGUACUCGGUCACGAGCCACAAGAGGAGUCUCAGCGGAGGGACCGACGCGGAGGAAGGGCAUGCCGAGCGACAGCAUUCGCGGGGAGGCAUACCCGGCGUCUUCUUCUCCUACGACAUCUCCCCGAUGAAGGUCAUCAAUCGGGAGGAGCAGCCCAAGACUUUCCUCGGGUUCCUCGCCGGGCUCUGCGCCAUCGUCGGCGGCACCCUCACCGUCGCCGCCGCCGUCGACCGAGGACUGUUCGAAGGCGCGACGCGGCUCAAGAAGAUGCGGUCCAAGGAUCAGUGA